GGACCCCGAGAUCAUAACCUGAGCCAAAGGCAGACGCUUAACGAACUAAGCCACCUACGUGUCCCCAAAAACUUUUUUUUUAAUUGAGACAUAUAUAUACAAUAUUAUAGUAGUUUCAGGUGUACAAUAUAAUGAUUCACCAUCCUAUACAUUUCUCACUGCUCGUCAAGUUAAGUGUACUCUCCUUUCUGUGUUGUUGCAUCCGAGAGAACAAGAUGGCUCACCAGGAGCUCUACUGGAGCCAUCUGAGGAAAGGUGUCCAGGGUUCUUGCCACAUCUGCUCAAACCAGCAAGGUCUGAUCCAGAAAAAUGGCCUCAAUAUUUGCUGCCAGUGUUUCUGUCAAUAUGCGAAGGAGACAGGCUUUAUUAAGCGGGAUUAAGUGAACUUCCUUGAAUGGGUUAUCCAAAAUACCUACCU